UUACCUCUUCCAUUUCCCAGAUGAAACAGCAGAAGGCAGGGAGAGCAAUAGCAGUCCCCCUCCCAUGUUUCCUGUGCUUCACGGUAGUCCCUCACCUUCAGGAGCCUGGCAUUGUCACCACAGCUCUGGAAGACAGAUCGCUCUGAAGGUCCCUACAGAGAAGAGUUCAGGAGGGUAAGGAGAAGUGUUGGCGGACUACAUCUUCACCCAGCCAGGAAAGGUCUUGUCUCAUCCCUCAUCCAGACCUCACUCCAGUCCUGUGCAGCAGCAGCAGAAGGUGAAUCUGCAGGGAACUUAAGGCCUCAAGAGGAGUGAGGGACAAUACUCACACAGGUCACCCACCCUGCGCCAGGGGGCUGCUGCUUUGUACCACCAAGGAGAGGACCAUAAUGCUGGACCCUCACUUCCUACCCCCGCCCCUUGGACCCAGUGAGGGGAGGACUGCCCCUUGCACCUUUCAGAUCCCAGAUGGGAGCUACAGGUGCCUGACUCUGGAAGCUGAAGAGAGCAGCAGUGAAGAUGGCCAGCAGGGAGAGGUGAGGCUUGUGGACCUGGAAGAAGAGGUGGCCAGCAGAAGCAGAGCCAACCAUGGGACACCACAGCUAUCCAGAGCCUCAGGCAUAAUCCAGCCAUCCAGCUGUUCCAGAGAGGCACGAGGUGGGUUCCAGCACAAUGACAGAGCCAGCCAUGACUGGGAUGUGGUACAGGCCAGGAAAGUGAUGACAACUGGUAGCACCAGCCCUGGGCCCAGGGUGGCCCCCAAACCAGCAUUAGGCCGGAGCACUAGCCUCACUGAAAAGGAUCUCAAGGAGGCCAAGGCGUGGAGUCAGCAGAUUGCAGCCCAGCUGACCACCCCUCCCAGCUCCAACUCCCGAGGUGUCCAGCUCUUCAACAGGCGCCGGCAGAGGGUGAACGAGUUCACCUUGGAGAGCCGUGGCCAGAGGCCACCAAAGCUCAGCCAAGAGGCCCUCCAAGCAGGGCAUCCUUUGAGCCCCAUAGGCCAUGCCCCAGGGCUCAGUCUGAGACCUCCAUCACCACCCAAGCCAGGCCCUCCAAAGCACCCCAGCUCCCGAAGCCCCAGCAGAGGGGUUCCUGGUCACAUCAUGGAGGAGUACUCAGAGGAAGCCAGUCUCCUGCGGCACCUGGAGAAGGUUGCCAGUGAGGAAGAAGAAGUGCCACUGGUGGUUUAUUUAAAGGAGAAUGCAGCCUUGCUAACAGCUAAUGGGCUGCACCUGUCCCAGAGCCGAGAGACACAACAGUCCUCACCAAACCCUCCAGCUACUGAGCCACACGGUCCAGCUGCAGACAUCAACCAGAACCCCUCCUCGCCCGGUGCCACACUCACCACACCAGCGUCCAACAGCCACCACAACCAGCCCGCCACGGAUGUGAAUCAGAAUCCCCCAGCCACUGUCACCCCUGUCCAACAGAAUUCACCUGAGGCACAGUGUCCCCCAAAUGGCACACCUGAUUCCAAACCCAGCACUCCAUGUGCUGAUGGGCAGCGCCAGGUGCCAACAGAGGAGGUGAGAUCCAGCAUUCCCAAGCCUGCAUCAGUGGUCAACAGGACGGCCAGGCCUUAUGGGAUCCAGUCUCCAGGGAGUACCAGCCAGAUAGAGCAGAGUCCUAUGAUGGGAAGACGACAUUUUGGAGAGAAGGCCUGGGCUCCCCCGGCUACCACCGUGGUGGAUAGAAGUCCCCAGCCACAAAGGCACAUAAUGUCCCGCAGCCCCAUGGUAGAAAGGAGGCUGGUUGGGCAGUGAAGGCCAGUCCUGGAGAGACGCCCCUUAGGAAGCUUCACCCCACCCCCUACCUAUGCUGAGACUUUGUCAACAGCCCCUGUGGCUUCCCAGGUUAGGUCUCCUCCCUCUUCCCCUACCCUAUACCCCAGCUCUGACCCCAAGCCGCCUCAUCUGAAGAGCCAGGUAGUCCCUACCAACAAGACAGGCAUUUUGGAAGAGUCUAUGGCCCGCCGAAGCAGCCGGAAAUCAAUGUUCACUUUCGUGGAGAAGCCCAAGGUGACCCCGAAUCCAGACUUGCUGGACCUAGUGCAGACAGCUGAUGAGAAGCGGAGGCAGAGAGACCAUGGGGAGGUGGGCAUGGAAGAAGAGCCCUUUGCCCUGGGAGCUGAGGCCUCCAACUUCCAGCAGGAGCCAGUGGCUGGGGACAGGGCCAGCCCUUCAGCCACUGAGGAAACUGUCCCCGAGUGGGCCUCCUGCCUCAAGUCACCCCGUAUCCAGGCCAAGCCGAAGCCCAAACCCAACCAGAACCUCUCGGAGGCCUCAGGGAAGGGGGCUGAGCUCUAUGCCCGCCGCCAGUCACGGAUGGAGAAAUACGUCAUAGAGUCUUCAGGCCAUGCUGAAUUGGCCCGCUGCCCUUCACCUACUAUGUCCCUGCCUUCAUCCUGGAAGUACUCCACAAAUGCCCCUGGGGGCUUCCGAGUGGCAUCCCUAAGUCCAGCGCGGACUCCAACUGCCUCUCUCUACCACGGCUAUCUGCCGGAGAAUGGGGUCCUGCGCCCAGAGCCUACCAAGCAGCAGCCAUACCAGAUGAGGCCUUCACUCUAUGCUCUGUCUCCCGUCAAGGAACCUGCCAAAGCCUCAUCACGUACCACCUCAUCACGCACUCCGUCACGCACUGUCUCACCUCGUGCUGCCUCCCCAGCCAAGCCUAGCUCCCUGGACCUGGUGCCCAACCUGCCUAGGGCAGGCCUCCCACCAUCUCCUGCUCUGCCUCGGCCUUCCCGCUCCUCCCCAGGCCUCUACACUGCCCCUGUCCAGGACAGUCUCCAGCCCACCGCUGUGAGCCCCACCUAUAGCAGUGACAUCUCCCCCGUGUCUCCCUCCAGGGCAUGGUCUCCUCGAGCCAAGCAGGCCCCCAGGCCUUCCUUCUCUACCAGGAAUGCUGGAAUCGAGGCCCAG